UAUUAUACUCUUUAAAUCCGAAUGUAUUUGGUUUAAUAAGUUGUAAGAAAACCACAUGGAGUUUCAAGAAAAUAACCUUUUAUUUAGUGAUUUAUGUCGCUUGUGCCUGGUAAAUGCAGGUACCACGUUCAUAGACGAAAGUUUACAACAAAAUAUUUUUGUUUGUACCGGUGUUCAAGUAUCUGUUGAAGAUAAUCUUCCAAGUAAAAUUUGCGUGACAUGCUCCGAAAUUGUAAACAAAGCUAUCGAAUUCCGAGAGGCUGUAAGCAAAAAUGAUUCCAUAUUAAAAUCUUUGUAUAGUGAUGCUGACGACGAAGAUAUAAUUGAAUAUAGAAUAGUAAUUAAAAAUGAAGAUGAAGACUCAAAUAUGGAGACUGAAAGCAAUUGUUAUGCUGAAGAACCUCAAAUUGACAAUUCUAAUUCCAACAACAAUUACACUUAUUCGUGCAUAGUCAAUUUAACUUCAACAUCAACACCAUUGGGCACUUUAACAAUAAGGAAAGAUCUAUUUCCAAAUUCAGAACAGUUUAUCUUCAGGAAACACAAAACCAAAAUAUUAACUGUGAAAAAAAAGAUGAAAUGAAAAGGCCUGAAUAUCAAGAAGAAAUACAAGAUAAUUGUGAGG